CUUCACUUUGUCAUUGCGUUAGAUUCCAAUGGAAAAUUUAUCCAUCAUAGUAAGUUUUGAGCUGACCCUGGAUCCAUUUUUCAUCCCUCCGGGAGCCAAAUAUCCAAUAUUCAUCUUUGGCAUCUUCAUCUACAUGUUUGCGGCUUUUUGCAAUCUGACACUUUUGCUUCUCAUCAUUCUGACGAAAAGUCUUCACAAGCCAAUGUACUUCAUUCUGUUCAGCCUCCCACUCAAUGAUUUUGUCGGGAUCACUUCCAUGCUUCCCAAAGUUCUCUCUGACAUUUUGACAGAAACCAAUAACAUGUACUAUCCUCUCUGUGUGCUGCAGGGUUUUUUGCUCCACAUGUAUGGAGGAGGUGUUAUGUUUGUCCUUGCUGCGAUGGCUUUUGAUCGCUACAUUGCCAUUUGUAUGCCACUGCGAUAUAAUGCUCUCAUGACACCAAGAGCUGUGAUGACGGUUGUGGCUCUUGUGUGGGGGCUUGUCUUUUUAAUCAUUUGUGUGUUGUUUUCCUUGCACGGGUUGCAUUCAAGAUGCAGAUCCCAUAUUGUGAGUUUGUUUUGUGAUAACCCUUCUUUACUUAAGCUGGCCUGUGGUGAUACUACUAUCAACAAUAUAUACGGCUUAUUUUUAACAGCCAUUAUGCAGAUUAUUACCAUUUCCAUUCAAGCAUUUUCCUAUGUGAAGAUUCUGAUUACCUGCUUGACCACAAGAAGGUCAGAUGCAAAGAGCAAGGCCAUUAAUACAUGUGUUGCUCAGCUGGUUAUUUUCAUUACGUUCGAAAUUGUUGUGACUUUCUAUUUGCUGUCCCACAGAUUCUCAAACGUAAAUGCGAAUCUGCAAAAAAUAAUGGGCAUGCUCAUUUUUUUGGUGCCUCCUAUUAUGAAUCCUAUUGUUUACGGGUUGAAUAGCCAUGAAAUACGAAAACAUAUCCUGAAAACAUUUCACAGAAAAACUUCAGUGUAAAAUGUGUUUUAUCACAUCAUAGCUUGUGCCAAGAUGUUUAUUAAUAGAGCUGAACUAAAGUCAGUAGGGGGCUAUUGCUAAACAACAUUUUCUAUUGAGAAAACUAUGAUUAAAGAGGAUAAAAGUGAGAUAUUUGUUUUAAUUGGUUUCAAAUUCUCUGAUAUUUCCCACUUAACUGUAAAUUGGCAUUGUCAGUGUUAUGUUGUAUCUGCUAUCAUGUUUAUCAUUUUGCUAUAAUGCUAUUCUGUCUUGGACUCAUUGCACUCAAGCCUGACCCAGAAGGACAAUCAUCCUUAUUUUAUAUGGUAAAUUCUGUAACAUUUUAAUCAGUGACCUAUAUUUAUCUGAUACAUGUGCCAUUAGCAAAGUCUUUUGUUAUCAAUAAAGUUUCUGCAUAAAUAUGUCAGAAGUUAAUAUUA